AUGAUUGUGGAAGACGAAAGAAGAACACAAAUUUCUGCAGCAAAUUUACGAAUUCCUCCCUAUGGAAUACUUGAAGAACAACCAACCUCUCCUGAUUACCACGCUUCGAACGCUUUAAAUUUGGAAAGUGUUGGAAAUAAUUCGGUUAUUAUUGAAAGGAAUAAAGCAAAUAAUACAAAUAAUUGUGUUCAAUCGACAGGUUUUAUUAUUUUACUUUUUUAA